GCCCAUCCAGGAAAUCAAUCUCUUCAACUCAAUCCUGAAAAACCCUUUUGGUGCCAUAAUUCUUUCUUCCCCGCCGCUCUCUUUCUUGUUCAGAGCCCGAAGAACAAGAGCUUAAGAUUCUCCUGCGUCAGCUCCAAUGGGAAAAGGAACAGGGAGUUUCGGUAAACGAAGGAACAAGACCCACACUCUUUGCGUGAGAUGCGGCCGCCGUAGUUUCCAUCUCCAAAAGAGCCGUUGUUCUGCUUGUGCUUUCCCUGCUGCCCGUAAGAGGAAAUAUAACUGGAGUGUUAAGGCAAUCCGAAGAAAGACAACUGGGACAGGUAGGAUGAGGUAUCUUCGCCAUGUUCCUCGCAGGUUCAAGACGGGUUUCAGAGAAGGUACUGAAGCAGCACCAAGGAAGAAGGUUGCAGCUGCUUCUUCGGCUUAAGUUGCAAUGAGGUUGUUUAGAUGAAUCCAUCCUUUUUAAGUAGAAGUUUGUUCGGCUUAAGUUGCAAUGAGGUUGUUUAGAUGAUCUAGUUUCUAUUUUUAUGUAGCUGCUUAGGCUAUUGUUGUUCGACUCUUAAUUACUUGAUAUUUUUUCCUUGAUAAAGUUAAUUACGUUCUUGUUUGA